CUGCAGGGCUGUAAUAAAUAUUGUAUUAUUACAAGCUUAACUUUGGAGAGAUAAAGUUCAGUUGUACUAGUAAGCAUUAAAACCACACCCGCCGUCUAUUGGCUGAUUUCUGUGACGUUAUAACGGAUAAUGGAAAGGUCAAAGGUGAACUUCGUGGUUUGGAUGUUUAGCGGGCUCCAAAAUAAACUCGGUUGCUAGUUUUUUUUUCCCCUUCUUCUUUUCUUUUUACUAGCUAAUGUCUGAAAGGAGUACAUCCUACACGUAACCAGGUUUGACUGGGGCAUUUGGUUUCAUUUUAAAUCCCGUCUUGCUGCUACAGAACUCUGCAGUUAUUUGACAUAGCUGCACUUACUGUAGUUCGUCAAUAACUAGCGGCUAACUGUUAGCCGCUUGGUUUUCCCGGGUUACUGGUCUGUUUUGAUCCCCAGUCCGCUGUAUAAUAAAACUGCAUAAACUACGCACUGUUUUAACAAACCUCUUUUAUUUUAAUAAACUUCAAGUAUCCGCGAGUUUGUUGUGUUAAUACUAAACCGGGUACUAUAGUGAAUACGUGAAGUUCCCACGCUAAUUUUGCUAACACAGGCUAGCUAAGCUAAGUGUGUGUAGUAGUAAUGGCGGAGAGACCGGAGGACCUGAACCUGCCCAACGCUGUCAUCACCCGCAUUAUCAAAGAGGCUUUACCAGACGGUGUAAAUGUGUCCAAAGAGGCGAGAAGAGCCAUAUCUCAAGCAGCCAGUGUGUUUGUUCUGUACGCAACAUCAUGUGCCAACAGUUUUGCCAUGAAAGCCAAAAGAAAGACUCUGAACGCCAGCGAUGUGAUGUCUGCUAUGGAUGAGAUGGAGUUCGAGCGUUUCUUGCCACCUCUGCGCGAGGCUCUUGAGGCCUACAAAAAGGGCCAGAAGGGGAAAAAAGAGGCAUCAGAACAGAAACGUAAGGAUAAAGAGAAGAAGAAUGGCACAGAGGAAAAUGACAAGAGCAGAGAGGAAGAGGAUGAAGAAGAACACACAGAAGAUGAGCAGGAUGGAGAGAACGAGGGAGAGGAGGAGGACGUGGAGAACUGAAGGGGAAUUGCAGAAGUUCAGCACUAUUUUCUACCCACCCUGUUUUAUAGAGACACUCUAGUUGUGUGUCCACUUUGCAGAAGAAGAGGGAGAGAAAAGACAGCCAGCACUUGAUUGCUAUGAAAACUAAAAUUAGGCACAGAGGAUUAAAAGCUGAUGAUGGCGGCUUCCCAUCUCUGUCCUGUUUAUAAGAAGUGUCUAAGUUCAUUUUGUACUUGUCAUCUUCACCCACAUGAGCAAGUUUAGAAAUGAAAGUAGGCCAUAUCACCGUACCUGUAGAUUAAAGAACAGACUGAUAGAGAGUCUGAAAAGUUGGAGCUUUUUUUUUUUUUUUAUGUAAUUGAUGUCUGCAGGUGAAGUUGUACGGUUAAAGUCAUCUACGUCUUUUGGUGCUUCAUCAUGGGAUAGAUCGUACAAGAAAGUCUGGCAGCAUGUUCAAAAAUUCAGGGAAUGUGGAAAAUGCAUUGCUGAAACAGAGACGUGGAUGUUUUUGAUAAGUUUCCUCACAUCUGGGUCAGGGCUUUGCAGGCAUCCGGCCUUGAGAAAUGUUUUAAUAUCUUCGAAUAAAUUUGUACUUUUGUAAGAGCCAGUCAUCCCAUGCUUGGCUGUUGUUCAUAUUAAAGGGUUUUUUGCAUAAAUGUUUGCUGCAUUCACAUGUGGUCUGGGAAAUUGCAUCCAAAGUAAUGAAGCUACAUGGAGGAUUCAUUUCGAGAUGAAAAUUCACUUAAACAUAACUUCAGCCAAAGUUUAAGUUCUGUGAAACCAGGCCUUGGUCAAAACGGCCCUUUCAGGUAGCUAAUAAAUUCAAGAUUCAUUCAGAAAACUUUGUUCUGGAGCCCAAGGCAGUUGUACAGAAAAUUACAUUUAGCCAUUUGGAUUGGAUAUAAGCUAAUACAGCUGAUGGCUCACAAUCUCUAAUGUAAUGGCCAUGUGUUUAUUGAUGCGCAUGCCAACAAAAACAGAGUUAUCACGUAACCAAGGCAAGUGGUUAGAAAAGCAUGAA